AAGAUAUUCGGUAGCUCAAAGCUGUCAAACAAUGCACCGACGCCGUUGUACGGCAUCGACAUCGGCGUCUGAAUCCGAAACAGAGACCGAGACGGAGCUAAUGAGGUGCAUAUCGUGUCGGGAGGACUACAGCAGAAUUGACGCCGGCACGUGCAAGGAGUGCUACGAGGAAGCCAGCGAGACCGAGGAAGAGCUUAAGCGUGAGAUCGAAGAACUCAAAGCCAAAGUCGCCUUUCUCCGAUGUUCGUCUCCUCUCGACCACUCUCACCGCCGCUCCUUUUCCGACGUCGUUUUGGUUGCUUCCAGUGAUGACUCCGCCGCAUCGGCUGCGCCGGUUCCGGCUCAUAAGUCCGUUUUGGCAAGCCGUUCCCCGGUUUUCAAAGCAAUGCUUGAGAAUGAGAUGGAGGAAAGCCUGAGCGGCACCAUCAAGAUUAGCGAUGUAUCAUAUGAAGCCCUUCGCUGUUUUGUCAACUAUUUAUACACUGCUGAAGCAUGUCUUGAUGAGCCAAUGGCUUGUGAUCUUCUAGUAUUGGCUGAAAAAUAUCAAGUGAAGCAUCUCAAGGCAUAUUGCGAGAAGUUCAUGGUGUCCAAAUUGAACUGGGACAAUUCGGUUAUUAGCUUUGCUUUUGCACAUCAGCACAAUGCCAAACUCUUGAUUGAUGCAGCUUUGUCAGUAAUCACCGAUAACAUGGACAAGCUAACGAAACGGGAGGAGUAUAUAGAGCUUGUGGAGAAGGAUCCUCGCCUCGUUGUGGAAAUCUAUGAAGCUUAUCUCUCAAAACAGGUCAAUACUGCUGCACACAAGGAUUCUUCUCUGAGGCCAUGAAUGGUUUUGUUGGUUUUCUGUUACCGAAGCAAAGAUUGUCCUUCAGUUAAUAUUAGAUUUUGAUCAGUGUUCGAUGUAUAAUGAACUCCAAAUGUAAAUUAAUUUUUCAAUUGGAUGAAGUUGUGAUUAUUACUUGUUUUAA